AUGCUGCGAAGGUUAAAAGAACAAGUUUCCCAAGUGGCUAAUGAGACUCAUCCCUCAACUAUUCAUUAUUUCCAGCUCGAUGGAAGAUUGAGCAACAGCAGUAGACCGAGUGUAUCCAGCCAAGACUCUCAAACACAGCAAAAAUCGGAAAAUGAUCAGGAGGUCGAGGGAUUUUUAUGUCCCAUUUGUAUGAUCGAGCUUGGUAGUCCAGAUGAGCUUACUGUACAUUUUGAGAACAAGCAUUCAGAUUUUCAGACAUCUGCUAACCGAAAUCACGAAGACUAUGCACCUCCGCAAGCAGCUCCUCUGGCAUUUGGUUCUAAAGAUCAGGAAAUUGAAGAACUUCGAAUCCGAGUAAAAGAAGAAAAACGAUUUGCUGAAAGGAUCAAAGAAGAACUCGACAACAUCAAAACAGUGAUGGCAAAUGCAUCGAAUGUAACAGAGGAUGAGAUUCCAUACAUGGCACAACAAAUCCAAGUUCUCACAGCAGAUAAAGGAAUGGUGACACGGCAGUUUUUGGAAUUGGAGAAGGAAAGUGGCCAGCAGUCACGAGAGUUGCAGCAAGUGAAGCAAGAACGUAUGGAUUUGAUGACAAAAUUGAAGCAGAUGAGUGUUACGAUGCGAGAGCUUACCGAUGAAACAGAAGCGACAAAAGUGCAGAUGGAAGAUCUGAAACGAGAGUUGAAGGUAGUGAAGUCUGAUGUUAGUCGAUAUGAAAUCGAAGUGGCUCGACUAGAGAAAAUGCUGGAUCAGAGACCUUCUGAAGAUGACGUCAACGUGCUUCGAACAGAGCUUGUAAACGCUCAAAAGAUCAUGGAUUCCAUCUCUCAAGACAAAGACAUCGAGAUGAAGGAACAAAUGAAUUCCAUUCGAAAUUUGAGCAUGGAGCGAGAGAAGCAGCAUAAAAAGAUCACUGAAGGAGAGGAGACUGUGAAGCAGUUACAGCAAUCGUAUGAUGCUCAAACAGAGGAGUUGAAGCAGAGAAACGAGCGAGUUACUGAGCUGGAAGGGAGGAUUAAUGAGCAGGUGUAUCAGUUGGCGGAGAGUAGACAACUGGUGAAACGUCUGGAAGAGAAGGUUGUGGAAGCUGGGAACGCUCUUCAGAAACUAUCCAGUGUCAAUGAUACCAAUGAAGAACACUGUAAAACUCUCAAUGAGAAAUUUGAAAGGGUAAACUAUGUUAAUACAAAAGAACGAGAGCGGCUGGAAGCGAUUUUUGAGGAAAAAAUGACAGCCCAGGGAGAGAGACUAAAAAUGGUGGACGGAGCGAAUCUGGAACUCACCAAUGAGCUAGCAUCGAUGAGUACUCUUCUUGACAAGGAAAGGUCUCUUUUGGAGGAAAAGAACAGAGAAAUUUCGGAAAGAGACUCUUCUAUCAAUGAAUUGAAGGAAAAACUGGCAGAGAGUGAAAAGAAGGCUUCGAAGCACAGUAAUGAUCUUCAAGAACAGACGACGCUUGUUGAGAAUUUGACAAUUCAGUUGAGCAAACUCCAGGAGAAUUCCAAGGAUUUGAUGGAGAAAAUAUCGGCUGGUGAAGGAGGUGCAAAGAUGGCAAUUGAGCAGAUUGAACAGGAGAAGCAGAAGUUGACUGAUGAACUUCAUGCUUCUGCAGAAAAGAACAAAAAGUUGACAGAAGAUUUCGACUCGAAGAUCUCUGAACUCGAGAAGAAGUUAAGAGAUGCAGAAGCACAAAGAAAAGAUAAGGAACAAAAGUGGAAGCAGGAGAAGGAGGUAUUCGAGAGGAAACUAGCCGAAGCAGAAGAUGAGGUCAAACGGAAAGUAGAACGUUUUGUGGAGAUGGAAAAGGAAAUGGAAGAGGAUCGACAAAAGUUCAAGGAGAGAACGAUGAAGUUGAAAGAUGCUCUUGUGAACUCUGAAAAGAACUUGGAGACAAUAAAAAAGGAAAGUGAAGACAGAGAGAAGAUUGUCAGGGAGAAGGAUGCUCAUCUGGAAGAAAAUAAGAAGAGGAUUGAGGAUGCUGUGCAGAAGUUGGAGGAAGCUGAGAAACGAGCAAGAGAGUUGGAAGCUUCUGUAUCAAAUAGAGACACUGCUGUUUCCAAUAAGGAUUCUGAAUUGGCGGAUUUGCGAAACAAAUUGUUCGAGUCGAAUUCGUUCAUCGAAGAGCUGAAAGUGCAGGUAGAGAAGGUGAACAACGAGUUGACUGAGAAACAAUCGGAAGUCGAUAGUCUCGUGACUGAAAUGCAAGAAAAGGAAGCGCACUGGAAGACGAAACGAGAUGAGUUUGAAGCUCAAAUUGUGAGAAAUCAAGAAGAAAACGAGGAGACGUCGACAACACUGAAGGUUCUACAGGAACAGUUGACGAAGGAGAAGGAGACGUCGACAGAAGAGAAAAAUCAGCUUAACUCGGUGAAAUCUCUGUUGGAGGAAUCUAAAGCUGAAGUUGAGCGAUUCCUCCAGUGCGACGAGGAGAAAACUCAAGAAAUUGAUAGGUUGAAGUUUUCGAUUUCCAGUUUGAGUCAAGAACGUGACGAGCUAACCACCACAACAACAUCUCUAAGGUCUGAAAACGAAAAUCUGACUAGCAAAGUUCAAGCUCUAGAAGACUGUCGGAAGCAGUCGGAAGAGAAGAAUUCUGAGAACAUUGAGAGAAUUGUGGCAGAAAAAUCCAGACUGGAAACAGAAGUUGAAGAGCGGGAAUCCACGAUUCAAUCGAUUCAAGAAGCGUUGGAGGCGAAGGAUAAUGAAAUUGAGUCUCUGAAAACAACGUCUCAAGUAAUCGAAGACGAGCUCACUUCGAAAAUUUCUCUCAUCGAAUCUUUCAAUUCGCGAAUUGAAGAAUUUGAAAAAGAAAUGGCCAGUGGAAAGAGGAUGAUAGAGCAGUUGGAAGCAGAUAAGGCGGAAGAAAUGGAGAAAUUGGUCAUUAUCAAUGGAACACAGAGUCAGAAACAAGAGGAAAUAGAGAAGCUUCAGACAGAACUGUCAGAAAAGACUGCUACUAUUGAGAGAAUGACUUCAAGUAAAGCUCAGUUCGAAGCGAUGUUUGCCGAUAAGUUACGGAGAAGAAUCAAGAGAUUGUUAGUUUUAGAAGGUGUUGAAAGCUAUAAAAUAUCGAAUUUUUUUCAGGAAAGACUGAUGGAACGAGUGGAUAAUCUCGAAUCUACGAACAACCAGAGAAUCAAUGAGUUGGAGAGCAAACUGACCCAAAAAGAACGUAUGGUUGAGUCGCUGGAAGCUGAUUUGGCAGAGAGGAGAGCGCUGGAGAAUGAAAAGCUUGAUGAGCAGAAGAAGAUGAAAGAAGAAUAUGAUGAACUGAAAAUGGCGGAAGCCAUGUGGCAAGCCGAGAAGGAUAUGCUCAUCGAACGGUGUCUGGGUAACGAGAGUGAUAUCGAGUAUGAGAAGGAAAGAGCUCAGGAAAAUAAGCGGCGAUUCGAUGAUGCGUUGUCGGCAAUGCACGAGUUGGGAAGAGCUAAUCAAUCGCUUCAGAUUGACGCCGACCGUCACAGCUCCCGAAAAUGGCUCGACGAUUCAGAAGCGAUCAACUGCACCGAGUGUGGGAAGCUCUUCUCAUUGACCGUUCGAAAACAUCACUGUCGUGUUUGCGGAAAGAUCUACUGCAAUCCAUGCAGUUCAAAAUCCGUUCGAAUCGCCAGUGCCAAACAUCCAGUACGAGCAUGCAAUCAUUGUUUCGCAGAGUCCCAGAAAUAG